AUGGCCGCCAGUGCUAGUAGCUUCUUCUUGGCCAUUGCCAUGGCGCUCGCUCUCCUAAGCGGCAACAUGACCUUUGCCGGUCGCUUCCUUGCUGACACGACGGAAGCAGCUGCUCCCACGGCAACUCCAGCCGCCGUCCCAGGCAUCCCUGCGCCGAAGCCGCCCGUGCCCACCAUGCCUACUACAAUCCCCCCGAUACCAACCGUCGCAGUGCCACCGACGUCGGCCGUGCCCACAAUUACCGUGCCCCAGGUUACAUUGCCGCCCAUGCCAGUGGUGCCCGUGAUCACCGUGCCACAGGUCACCUUGCCGCCCAUGCCUGCUGUUGUUGUGCCCAAGGUGACCCUGGCGCCAAUGCCUGCAAUUCCAUCCAUCCCCAAGGUGUCAAUGCCUCUGAUGCCUUCCAUUCCGUCUGUGACUGUGCCGAUGCCAUUCCUUGCGCCACCUCCUUCUGCAUAG